AUGGAUCAAAAUAUCAUUAGAAGACGUGGUGUUGGUACGAGAGGUAUCGAUGAGAAAACAGUCUUGGACGGAUACACCGUCAUCGCCCCAUUAACAGGGAAGAAGGUGUACUUGAUCAACAAUGCAGGUGAUACAGUCCAUACUUGGAACUUACCCUACCGAGUGGGAAGAUACGCAAGAUUACUACCGAAUGGUAAUUUGGUAGUUGGGAUGAAGGAUCCAGAAGCAUCCGCUCCAUUCCCUUUCUUCAACAAAUACGGUGGAGGGGUUUAUAUGGAACUUACACCCGAGGGCAAAGUGGUACACGAGCUACGUGAUCCUUUAGGUCAUCACGAUUGCUUUUAUGAUGGGGAUGGCCACUUCUUCUAUGCGGGUCUCGAAGCUUUAACUCCCGAACAACAAGCUGCUCUACCAGGUGGUGUGGAAGGUACUGAAGCACCUGAUGGAAAGGUAUAUGCCGAUACGAUAAGAGAGGUGAAAGAUGGGAAAUUGGUUUGGGAAUGGAAAGUUUCGGAACAUCUUGAUCCUAAGGUCUUCCCUCUUCAGGCUCAUUAUCCGAGAGAGCACUGGCCUUUGAUCAACGGUAUCUAUCCAUUGAAAGACGGGAACAUCUUGGCUUCAUGUCGAAGUGUAUCAGCCGUGAUAAUCAUCGAAAAAUCAACUGGUAAUAUCAUCUGGCAUUUGGAUUCCACAGUCGUCGCUCAGCAGCAUAAUGCUAAUGAAUUGCCCAAUGGGAACAUCUUGAUCUUUGAUAAUGGUGCAUUCAGACACAGAGAAUCUUUCCAAUGGUCGCGAGGUUUGGAAAUUGAUAGAAAGACAAAAGAGGUUGUCUGGCAAUGGCAUGCUUCACCAAAGGAAACUUUCUUCACACCAUUCAUGGGAUCAGCACAAAGAUUACCAAAUGGUAAUACGCUCUUAUGUGAAUCGGCUUUCGGUAGAGUCAUCGAAAUCAACACGUCAAACGAGAUCUGCUGGGAAUAUGUCUGUCCUCACUUCGCAGUUUAUCCUGAACCUGAAGCUGCUGGAUUCUACCCUGUCGAGAGUAAUGCUCUGUUCAGAGCGUACAAGUAUAGUAAAGAUCAGAUCCCAUGGUUGAACUGA